CUCCACGAGGACGAACGUGCAUGACGGAACGCGCACGAGCAGCGAAAAAAAAAAAAAAGCACAUGCACGUCGGUAAUAUCCAUGCAAUGACACCGAACACGUGCUGUCACAUUUAGGCUGGUCCGGAUCUACGAGCGUAAGCUGGCACCGCGCACCACAGCGACGGACGAGCGCGCACAACAGCCUGUUCGUGUUUUUUUUUGCACCCUGCCGUCACGCGCGUUGUAAAAUGAGGUUGGGAAGCAUCGUUUUAAUCGUCGCUCUCUGCUCUUUUACCGCUUAUUAUAUUUACGAGCCUGUUCCCGAGGAGAUAGAGGAGAGAUGGAAACUCAUGCUGACCAACUCUUUCUUCAGAAGUCUCAGCCACCUGGCAGACCUCUGUGAAUUGCUGGGACUGAAAGACUACAUGGGGAUUAUGUACUUCAUCACGCUGGCUGAAAGGGUAGUGCCCGUGUCUGAUGAGCACGUCGAGGUGACGGAGGAGACGUUUGACGGAGUGGAGGUGGUGCUCUACCAGCCAAAGCAGAAAGAUGGUGACGCUGAGCUCAUGAGAGCUGUCAUAUACCUGCACGGGGGAGGAUGGUGUCUGGGUAGUUCCCGGAUGAGUCCAUACGAUCUCCUGGCCCGAAAAAUCGUCACCGAGCUCGAUGCAGUGGUUCUGUCUGUGGAGUACAGACUGGCCCCUGCUCACCACUUCCCUGUCCCGUAUGAGGACGUGUACCGUGUGGUCAAACACUUCCUCCAGAAGGGGGUGCUGGCCAAGUACUCUGUGGACCCAGGGCGCGUUGCUGUGUCCGGGGACAGUGCUGGAGGGAACCUGGCAGCUGCUGUCUCGCAGCAGUUACAAAAAGAGCCUGGAGAGGAGGUCAGGCUGAAGGCCCAAGCUCUCAUCUACCCGGUACUGCAGGCCCUGGAUCUUAACACGCCUUCCUAUCAGCAAAAUCAGGAUAUGCCCAUUCUGCCCCGCACCCUCAUGGUGCGUUUCUGGAGCGAGUACUUCACCAGCGACAAGGCUCUUUUCAGAGCCAUGAUGGCCAACACUCACAACAACCCUGAGUCUUCCAGCCUGCUAAAGUUUGUCAACUGGAGCGCCUUCCUGCCAGAAACCUAUCACAAGAAAUACAACUACACCGCCCCCGCCGUGGCCGAGGGAGCCGGAGGAGCAGGAGUUUGGAUGGACGGGCCGUCUCGACCUUUCGCCGACCCGAGGGCGUCGCCCCUGCUGGUUCCAGACUCUGCCUUGCGCUCACUGCCAAAAGCCUACGUCCUGACAUGUGAGUAUGAUGUUCUCCGAGAUGACGGGAUCAUGUAUGUGACCCGGCUCCGUGCCGCCGGCGUCGAAGUGACGCAUGAACACUAUGACACAGGAUUCCACGGAGGGUUGAUGUUCACCGUGUGGCCGACUGACUUCCUGAUCGCACGCCGCAUGACAGAAAACUAUAUCAAUUGGCUGGAGAAAAACUUGUAAAAAAACCCCAAAACUUCAGACUAUCAAUAUUCAUUCCAACUUCUCCACACAUUGCACCAGUGUUUGGUUAAAGUCACUGUUGUUUCCCAUCUGGUGUACAGCUUCUUCUUUUUGGUCAUGCCAACUUACUGUAAAUAUAUUGAGAAAUAAUCAACUUCUCCUGUUUUUCCACCCAUGGACCACAUUCAAUACCAGUAGGGAAAAUGAUUUUUGCGGUACAUAAGGUGAUGUAAAAAGAACAUUACACACCAGAAGUAUUGUGCUCUAUAGUAGAAGAGGAUUGUGUUCAUGGUCCAGCAAACACUGUACUACUCAGUGAGCUGAGGGGAGAAUAUCACAAAGGGUUUUAUGUUAUGGAUAGUUUAUGUUUUUUUUUUAUCAAACUGGCCUUUUGUGAUGUUACUUAUACUUGUUUUCCAUCACAAGACCUUCUCGUGGAUCCUAUACAACUAUUAUGUGAUUAUCAAUACCGUCAGUUAGCAAUGCGUGCCACAAUAGAAAUUAGAGCUUUUUGGGGGCUUUAUGAAUCCAAAGUCUUGGAAAAGGAGGAAAGGAUUUUCACACAAGAAUAACAUGAUUACGCCAAAGUUAACAUUGAGUGCAGCUGAUACUGAAAACUAAGAUUGUUUUGAUGUGUUUCCAAAAAUGUAACUUAUGCGUAUUGGUUCAUGUAUCAUCGUAAGUGUUAUGUUUAAAUUCAGCAGUGUUUUUUGAUUAGGAAAGAACAAGCCCUUAAAUGUCUAACCUGUACUAAUGUGGUACACAGGGAGGUGCUUGUUGGUUUGAUCAAAUAUUUAGAUUGAAGAGUGAACGUUAUGUCAGCAUCGGCAUCGGUUUUAUUUGUAAGACAAAAUGAACAGAAAAGAACAUUUUGGAUACCAACCAAUUUUGGACAAAAUAUGGAACACUUCAAAAUGUGAUGUUAAUCAAUUAAAUCUUCAAUCUCAGGGUUAUUGCUGUACUAUUCUCAAAGUAUUCAGGGACCUAUACUGUUUAAUUAAAGGAUAUGAAGAACAAUACGAUGAAUUAAGUAAUAAUGAACUGCAACUAAAUAAAAAAGAUGACAUAAGUGCAGGUAGAAUAACCAGUGAUUGAUGUCUAUCAAUUAAACCCGUCAUUCAACGCUCUUCGGUUGAAUGUUUAUGAAGCACCAGGGAAGAUUGUAUUAUUUCAUUUUUAACCUCAUAUAGUUUUCAAUUUUAAUUUAAUUUAGAUCUAAACACCAUCCUAGAGCAUGAAUUUAGUUGUUUUUGUUCAAAUACUUAUAGAACAUCUCAAGCCUCAGUGAGCUCCCAAUUCUAGUGUAACCAGAUGUACAGGGUUGUCGGUGUGUGUUCAUUGUUUUAGUAUGAUUUUAUUACAGAGCAAAAUAAAACCGCUUGACAUUCAGUAAAAGUCAACCUUCUGCAUCAGGGGGGUUUUCAAUUAAAAUUUAAAGAGGUCAUUGAAAGAUCCAAACAUCAUGAAAUCUAAAUCACAUUCAGUUAUAACCUAAAACAAACAUCAAUGUUAUUUCUACUCACCUCUAACAUACAGACAGACUGAAUUUGUAAUGCAGUUAUAUUGACAAUGCAUCUCUAUAUAUAAUGAAAAAGCAAAACAUGGAUUGCUUGUUUAAAUAUGACAUCUGUAUAUAACCUCGGACGGAGUUAGUGCCAUUGUCACAAGCGUAGGUGUGUAGAAGAAAACGUUUGCUUGCUUGUUCACCGUUACAUCGCUCACAUCUUGCUAUCUAGCAAACUGUCUAUGCAAAGCAAAAAGUUGACUUGAUUGAGUGAAGCUAUUGCUAUAUUUAUUGGAUUAUCUGCGGCUGCCGCCGGUAGCUUCAACCGUGGGGUAAAAAAAACAACACUCUGGGGACUGUUGUUUGCUCAUCUCAUUUCAUCAGAAACUGUGACUGGCCCAGAUAGAAUAAUCAUUCUGCUAUGUAGUGAUGCUCGCUCUUUAAAUAAAUUAUAAAUAUGCUGCUAUAGCUCCUAAUAUAUGAAUGCCUUUGUGUAGUGUGUGUAUAGACAAUCUCAAAAAGGCUGCUUUGUUAAAGUAAGUUGCCAGAGUAAGACCAAGUGCCAGUUUCAUGAUUAAAUGUGUAACAUUUAACUGGCACUAAGACUUCAUGCCUGUUUCUGUUUGUGUAGUUUUUACUUCAGUUGAUUUGUUUUUUGAAUCUCUGGUCCAACAACACUGAGAGGAUAUGUGGUUGCCAACAGUCAUAUGAGGCGGCUUGAAAGCAUUCACUUGUCCCCCCGCUUUUAUCUCAUUUAUCUCUCUGCCGGUGGGUGAAAUCAACCUGUGACUUCUCAGGCCAUGUGAUAGCUAUUUAAAGGUUACCACAAAAUAAUCCUCCUGACUGAAUGUUGUUUCAAUUAUCACUGUUCUUUCAGCUUCACUGCUCAGAAAGAGUCGCAGCCGACACACAACACCUGAAAUUCACUGUUAUCACCGUUCAGCCGAGAGUACACGGUAUCUAUUGAGUAUGUAACUCUUGAAUUAAGUCGGUUAACACUCAUUCGCAGAGGCACUGCUACACUCAACUGAAAAUAUGUGUUUUUGUUUUUGGAACAAAAGAUUUAAAAUUCCUCUGGAUGAAUCAUUUUUAUGAAUUUCAAUUUCAUCAGUGUCAAUAAAUUGAUUUAAUCUACUGCUGA